AUGGUCGACCUAGCUCAAGGAGAGAGCCAUAUCGUGGUACGACAUGGCGCCACAGAGUACUACCACCCCGGGUUGUUCCACAUCUCCUCCACCUUCGAACACACGGUGCCAGUCUUCAUCAGUGAUAUUGUCCACAGCAGGAACUUGUCCGCCAUCUAUGGGCCAUCUGUGUGCCGUGACAUCGUCAUGAUCAAUAACCACCCCAUAAAAACAGUUCGGGUGUUCGGACGGGUGAUCUCCAAGAGGGAGAUCUUUGCAUUUGACAACACCACCAAGGACCUGUUGUUUAUGUUGGAGUUGGACGACUGCUCCGGGAUUGAUCUGAAGAUCACCAUAAAGGUACGUGCUGCUGGCCUCGCCUACCCCAGACUAGAUUACAACUCGGUAGAUGACAAGAUAUUGGAGGUGGUCGGUACCACUCUGAUGUACAAGAACCAGCAUGAAAUAACGGCCCAGGCACUUAGAUGUCUAGAAAACACCACCAAGACUACGUACCUCGACCUCGAAAUCACGCAAUGGAAAGAACGACUAGAUUACAGAGACCGAGUCCUCAAACGGCCCUGGGUCGUCCAGCCCAUCCGGGGAACUAGUCCCGGCCUGAUUGUGACUAGGUUCGACUACAGAGACCAAAAGAGACGAGAGGCCAAGGAAAACUUGAAGUUCAACAUACACGAAGUUCCACAGCUUGCGAGAGACGAUAGCUUGAUUCUCUUUCGUACCGAAGGAAAUCUGUCUCGCAUGUCUCAUGAGGUUCAUGAUGUCGCUUCGGACUCGGACGUCGAAAUUGUCCAUGUCAAAGAAGUACCGUUGCAAAUAGUCACCCAGUUUCAAAUAUCCAUUGAAUUCAUCAAAUGGAUCAUACGACACGAUUUCCAGACGUUCCAACUAUCGCACAUCUACGGCGAUCCACACAUAUCCAACUUGCUCGAAAUCCUCGUCAAAUCAUACCGGGCAUUCGCCGAUAUAGGAGCGUCCGAUCCCAUCUACACGAAACUGUUCCAUGAGCAGAAGGAAAUUCUUUUCCACAGGAUCAGACAUGGAUUAACAACUGCCAAGUUGAUCAGCAUUACCAGGAGCCAGAGGGUGCGCUCCAAGAACCUCAAUGCAUUGUACGGCCAUCUCAAGCAAUGCUGUGAAGUCAUCAAAAACAGUAUGCUAAGGGAUAGAGAGACCAAGAUCUUGGACGUUUCGAACUACUUGGCCACAGUCAAGAGUAGAGGUCUAGUCUCAGGAGACAUAGACCUCAAGUAUAUCAAUGCCAUUGUGGACUACAUUACCACUGACGUGUGGCACGAGCGAGCUCAUUGGAAGUACGACCUCAAGCUUACCCAGUGGAGCUAUUCACAGACAUCAGUUGCUAAAGAGCUUGUGAUCCUCUAA